GUACACUAGUAGAGAGGAUAUUUGUGUGUAACAAAAGUUUAUGAUAAUACGUCUUCGUUUAUAAUAAAUAGUUGAUCCUUGUUUCAUGACAAUAUGAAAAUGAUGAAAGAUGAUAAUGCUUUUCUAUUAAACCAUCUUGCGGAAAUCGAGGUGUAGACAGUUAGAGUCUAGCCCGAUGCGGUAAAAUAUAACUGCGAGAUAAAAAUAAAACGAUUUUCUAUGUUCUAAAGAUUCUUUCAUCAGAGUACUAUAAAAAAUCUGAGAGAUUCGAUAUAUAUUCAUAUAGAGGUGCUGGUGCCAAUGUAGAUAAAAAGAUGGAUUAAACUUGCAACAGUUUUAGUGUAUGAUCUGGAAUAUGACGGCUACAUCAAAGUGUCCGGUUUGGUCAAGGGUUGAGAACAAGGGUGAGGGGAAGAUGUACGGGUUGCUCCUGGAGAGUGUACAGUAUUACGUCAUACAGGAUGUGGGGGAGGAGACGUGGAAGAAAAUACUCGCGCAUGCAGGCAUCAAAAACAUCGUUUUUACAACUCACAAUACAUAUCGAGAUGAGCUUAUGACGUUACUAGCCCAGAGUUGUUGUCACGUGACAAAAACAAAGGAUUACAACCAGUGGAUGACAUUCUUUGGUACGUGUUUUGUAGAAUUCUGCGCCACUUACGGUUACGACAAACUUCUACGUGUAACAGGAAGGAAUUACAGAGAUUUUUUACAUGGAAUAGAUAAUAUUCAUGAAGUGAUACGGUUUAGUUAUCCAAGAUUACAAAGUCCUGCCUUUUUAGUUUUGACAGAAGACAAAGAGGGUUGUGUGAUGCUUUAUCAAACAAAACGUAGAGGAUUUAAGCAUUAUGUGAUUGGGCAAUUGCAACAGGUUGCUAAACGGUUUUAUAAAAUUUCUGUGACAAUAACUGUGAUAGAAGAGGAAAUUAUUGACAGAAAAACUCACGUGAAAUUCAGGCUGGAUUUUGAUAAUUCAGCUUACGUGCCGAAGUUUACGCCAAAACAGCACUCAGGGAACCAAACCUUCUCAAGUAUUACGGGUGAUACAUUCCUAAAAGUCUUUCCAUUUUGUAUAGUAUUCAACAGCCAACUUGUGAUUCGAAUGGUAGGGAGUAGCAUGGUGGCUCUUCUCAAGGACAAUGGCUUGGUAGGGGCUACUUUUAGAGAAAAGUUUCAUAUCCGUAGGCCUUUGAUACCGUGUAUAUGGUCCAAAAUAUUGCAGUUCAGACGAGUUAUAUUUGAAGUGGAAUACCUCUUUGAUAACGAUCCUGUUGAACUAGAUGCGCAACUUAUUGAACAUGAUAAUUCUGAGCCGGAGAGAGGACCUGAUCACAGGAUAUUACUCCGCGGACAAAUGAAAUAUUUGCAAGAGUGGAACAUGACAGCUUUCCUAUGCACCCCAUUAUUAUGUGAUCUUAAAGACCUGCAGAAAGCCGGUCUAUUCAUCAAUGAUCUCAAUUUGUUCGACAUGAGUCGAGAUAUGGUAAUGGCCGGAUGGCAACAUGCGUCACAGUUGGAAAGGUCAAUAGAAGAGCAAAGAGAGAAUACAGAGAAGAUAACAGAAAAUAUGUCUACACUAGAAGUAUUGAAAACAAAGAGUGACAGUUUGCUUUACAACAUGAUACCAAAAUCUGUUGCUGGCAAAUUGAAAUCUGGACAUGACCCAGUAUCGACUUGCGAGAUAUUUGACAACGUGACGAUCAUGUUCAAUUACAUGGUUGGUUUUGGUGAUGUGUGCUCCUCUGCUACACCGAUGGAAAUUGUCGAGAUUAUAAACAGCGUAUUCAGUUUGUUUGAUCAGAUUAUAGACAGCUAUGACGUAUUUAAGGUUGAAACCCUUGGUGAUGCCGUGUAUAUGGUAGCUGGAGGAGUGCCAGACAGGAAUCCGAACCAUGCUAUAAAUGUAGCUGGACUGGCAUUAGAACUGCAAGAAAAAGCGAAAACAUUAACCGAGCCCUGGAGCAAACAAUACAAGCUCAAUACACGGAUAGGAAUGCAUACGGGUAGUGUUGUGGGUGGAGUAGUCGGACGUAGGAUGCCACAGUAUUGUCUUUUUGGAGAUACUGUUAACACAGCUUCCAGAAUGCAGACAUAUAGUUUGCCUGGAAGAAUCCAUAUCAGUGAACCGUGCCAGGAGUGCCUCAAGCAGUCUUCUUUUGUUACCAUCGUGCGAGGGACAGUGAAUAUCAAGGGUAAAGGUGAUAUGCGGACAUUCUGGUUGGCGGGAAAGGAGGGCGAGGAAAGUACUAGACAAUUCUGUGAAGACAUAAAACAAGAGAGAAACCAGUCCGUCCGAAAAUACAGCUUAGCAAGAGAGAUGCGAAUUAAGUUCCGGACCAGAUCUCCGACGAGGCGCUCCUAUGAGAAUGCAAUGGACCUACACGCAAUGCACGCCUCUACAAGUUAUGCUCAGAUGCCAGCAUAUUUUGGAGGUAUGAAGUCAAACAGAUCGGCAAGCAGCGUUUCAUUAGCAACAUUACAACAAUCGGAUGACGAAGAUGGAAGUGAAAUAAAGACAGGAGAUAGACCUGGUAUUAAAGGUAGCCCAAGAAGUUAUAGCAGACUUAGUGAAUACACAAACACAGUCAAGGAGAAAACAGAUCAGUUGUUAUCCUGUGAUACGAAAAAUUUGAAAACUGAAAAGAUAGAUAUACAUUUUGCAUUGGAUGAGGGCGAACUUGAAAAUUUUGUGGCAGGCUCUGAAGUGGAAGCGGAUAAGAAGGAACAAAGAUCUCGAAUACGCUCUGAUAAUAGUUUACAAACUAUGUUCAACAUUCCUGAAAUUGUUGAGCAUGAUGUUAUAUCAUCCACAGAGAGCAGCAGUCAUGUAAAUAGCAUAGAGAACGAGACGGAGAAACCGUUGGCUCUGGGAAGAUUCAAACUUAGUCUUCCCAAAAUGUCAGGCCUUUUCCACCUCUUAACUGCUAAAGACGAUGCAAAAGCUAGGGACAUACGUGACAGUAGAAAUAAUAACGAUGCAAAGGCGACAAAGGAAGAAAAAGACGGUUUAAGGAAGGAUGCUUCUGUCGAAACUGGUAAAUUCACAGUUUUCCUCGGGAGCGAUGACGGUCUUAGUAUAUAUGACACGGAAAACACCGAACAUGUUGGUACCUCAGAUAAUCCAGAACUUGUUCAUUCUGGAAAAUGCAAUGAAUACAUCACAUUUUGCAUAUCUAAGAUAGGUUCUAGUCAUGACGAUUCAGAAGAAGAGACUUUGCUUAAUGAUGUACCUGAUGAAAAUGCAAAAGAUAAAUUUCAAAUGGUAAGAGAAUGGUCUUUCAGCUGUACUGAAACGGAUUCAGUAGAUCAAAAUUCUCAUAGGAAAGGCGAUGAUAUAGACCCCACUUCUCACUAUGCAAAGGACGUACUAAGUCAAAAUUCUUAUCAUGCUUGUAACUAUUCUGCGGUAUCAAAGUCAAUAAAAGAUUUAUCGCUAGCAACAACCUUUCCUGCAAAAAAUGAAAAGUCUGAAGGUUCAAAAGUUGUUUCUUUAGGAAAUGCUUUCACUAAUGUAUACACUGACCACUCUUGCACCGACAGUGAAACAUAUUCUCAUGGCUUGUCUGCUGAUAUCACAGAAAGAGCAAAUACAGUAGACAAAAAAAUACCUUUAGAAAUAUUAAGCUGCCCGUUUUUCUCGUGCAUUGCAAAUGGUGGUACAAGAGAGAGCAGUGAUGUAAAUGCUCAAAAUCUAACCAAAUGCAAAACCGAUCAGGGAAUUGUAAAUGGCAAUCACACAAAUAGCGGAAACGAAUUUGAUAAGUUAGACAACCUUAUCCCGAAUACGAAGGCUUGUAAUAAUUCAAAGGAGAUAAUCAUUGAACAUGGGUCUACGCCAAAGAAAUCAGAAAGCACAAGUCAAGAAGAGAAAUUGAAAUUGUUAGAAAAAGGUAUCAAAUUUGCUUGGGGUUUACAUAAUGACACAGUCCCGCCAGUGCGAAGUGAUAGAAUAGUCGGAGAAACGUUCGGUAAUAAUAAAAACAGUGACUGUUGCAUGAACGGACAGAUGGACGCAAAAGGUCAAAAUAAUAAUAUUUUAAAUGGACAGUCUGGUGUUAAAUUCAAGAAGAACACAGACAUUUACGACCAUUUUAGUAAAGUCGUUUUCCAUCUCUCCGACGAGGACUCGCAAGAAAGUAGUUGAUCAUUCCUUUUAUUUAGUUCUAUCUAUUUAAGAAAUUAGGACUUAAGUUUUGUUUGAAUUGUGUAUAAAUGGCUUCAAUGAGCACUUUUGUAAACAUUUAAAAGACAGGUGUGUAUUUCCACCGUUUUAACUUAAGACGGAUACUUGUUGUUUUUUCAAAAUGUAUCAGUAAAUUACAGUACGGGUUUUCAUUGUAUAUAGUGCAUUUUUAUAUGAAAAAAAACUUGCAAUGCAGGUAUUUCCAUCUUAAAAUUUGUCUGUUAGUUUUCUUUAGCCGUCCAUAUAAUUAUAAUUCUAGAGUUCUUAUUAUGUAUCGUUUUAUGUUUAAAUAUAUGCAUUCUAUGUGGGACCAACGCUAAGACCCUGAUGCAUGCUUUGAUUUAUGUUCAAUGAUGGUUUUGUUAACUUUCCUGGAGGACAUUUAUUUUGCUUUUUAUACUUUAUAAACCAUUGUCAAUAAAUAUUCAGAACAAGUUGAGAAUGCUUCCGGCAGAUAUUGUACUGUUAGGAAAAAUACACAGAAAUAUUUUUAAAAUUAUGAUGUUGAAUCAUUGUUGUUCAUAUUGAACUAAAUGAGAAAAUAUCGUCUUCUGCAGGAAUGUGUGGAUUCCAGCAAAUAAGAUAUAUGCAGAAUGGGAAACUCACGUACUUUUAAGACAUAUACCGCGCGUGUAAUUGCAAGUCAUCUGACGCGAGAUAUGGGUCAAAUUUUGUUGAUGCACGUACAUGGACGGAUCAUGCUGAGAUACAUAAUAUAUUAAAAUGACACACUCAAUACACUUUUCAAAUAGAGUUAUAUAUUGUGUUGUGCUGAUACACUAAUGAGAUUGAUCAAACUGGGUUACAUAUUUAUUGUGUUGAUACUCUAAUGAGAUUGAUCAAACUGGGUUACAUAUUUAUUGUGUUGAUACUCUAAUGAGAUUGAUCAAACUGGGUUACAUAUAAUUUGUGUUGAUACUCCAAUGAAAUUGAUCAAACUGGGUUACAUAUUUAUUAUGUUGAUACCUGAAAGAUGUUGGUUAAAUUGGGUUAUAUGUUAUAUCGAGGACAGAAAGGAAAACGGUCGUGACUCUUUUAUUUACUGUGAGUUUCAACAGUUUUCCGUUGAACCGCUGUAUUUGUACUCUCACGGCAUUGAUCAAAUUUGUUUACAUACUUUUAUUGUGUUGAUACACUCAAAUAUUGAUGAUGUUACAUGCUGUAAUGUCUUGAUACACUCAAGAUAUCGUUCAAGUUUGGUUACAUAUAGUGUUGCGUUGAUGAAUUUACAUAUUGUAUUGGAUUGAUACACUCAAGUGUGCAAGUGAGGUUACUUUUGUACAGCGUUGAAACACUCACGAAUUUGGUAAAGUUACAUAUUGUAUUUUGUUGGUAUACUCAAUAUAUUGUUGAGUUUAGGUUCCGCAUUUUAUCAAGAUUUGAUAAUGUUACAAAUUGUGGUACGUUGAUACACUCAACUUAUUGUUCAAUUUAGGUUGUACUAGUACAAUGUGGAAACACUGUAAGUUUAUGAAAUAUAUUAUGUUGGCUUGAUACACUCGAAAUACUGUUUAAAUUAGGUUAUAUAUUUUAUAUGGCGUUGCUACAUGAAAUAGAGAUUGAUCAAACUGGGUGUAAUGUGUAACUCAGUGAUUGGGUUACUUCAUGCGAUUUUCGUGUCCGCCGAACAGUGAGAAUCACCGUUAUGCUAAAGGUUUACAGACUUUGAAUGUAACUGUGACUGAUCGCAAGAUAAUGAAUGUGGCAAUACCAUUUUCGGUACCUAUUUAACAUUAACUCACAUGACACUGAUUGUUCUCUUCAAACGCAUUGUGAAUGAUAUUAAUCUGUUAAAUUAAUGAAUUAGACAUCUCCUAUGUAGAUAUUAAUGGUAUAAAUCUCAGGAUAAUUUAAUUUGAAUGCGAACAAAAAGAAUUGAACGCGGCAUUCGUAUCAAACAUUCUUGUUUAUAACAUAAAUCUUUAAAACAAAUAGAGUGCGACAUUUCCUCUGUAGAUAUUUAACACAUUCUGACAUUAUAAGACACUGAAUGUGGUAUUUUCCUAGUGAACUAUAAACAUUUUAUAAAUGACACAGGAAUUAUACGUGCUUGGUAUAUACUUUAAAAUAAGCGGACCAAUUUUGUAUUACAUUAUCAUAAUUUGUAUACUGUCAGUUUUAUUCAGUUUUGUUGGAACUUCUUUGUUUUGUUUUGGUCACUGUUUAUUGGUUAUUCAUUAGGUAUAUGUGUAUGUUCAGUUUAUUGUUUGUUAACACAGUAUUAUUAAAACCUAACAAGCGAGAA